GACUAGAUGCAGAGUUAUCUUACGUGAGGAAUGAUGUUGUCAAUCAUUAUGCAUUGUCCUUCAAUCUCUUAAUUCCCAGUGAAACCAACAAUCUUCACUUCAGUUGGCAUGCUAAAUCUAAGGUUGAGUAUAAACUGGGAUUUCAGGUAGAUAAUCCCAUGGCUAUGGCUAUGCCCCAGGCCAACAUUUCCUUACAAGGAGAAGUUCCUCGCACCCUCUCAGUGUUUCGUGUUGAACUCUCCUGCACUGGCAGACUCGACUCUGAGGUCACAAUAUUAAUGCAGCUCAACUUGACGAUAAACUCAUCCAAAAACAUCACAGUUUUAAAUUUCAAACGAAGGAAAAUGUGCUACAAAAAGCUUGAACCAGAGGUAAAAUCUCCAACAUCUGACAAAAAUAGCAGCAAGGCUAUCUUUGAUCCUGUAAAUGCAGCUCCCACCACUUCAACCCGUGUGUUUUACAUCAGCGUAGGCGUGUGCUGUGCUGUUAUAUUCCUGGUGGCAAUAAUACUAGCUGUCUUGCACCUCCACAGUAUGAAAAGGAUAGAAUUGGACGACAGCAUUAGUGACAGCAGUAGCUCACAAGGUUUAUCCCAGCCUUCCACGCAGACGACACAGUACUUGAGGGCUGACACACCCAACAACGCAACGCCAGUAACCAGUUAUCCUACGUUACGGAUAGAGAAGAAUGAUCUUAAAAGUGUCACUCUAAUGGAAGCAAAAGCUAAAGUGAAGGAUAUAGCCAUCUCCAGGGAGAGGAUAACUCUAAAAGACGUGCUCCAAGAAGGUAUUUACAGCCCUCGGGAUGCUUGUUGGUUACAAUGUGGUGUUUAUAUAUAUGUGUAUGUUAUUCUUUUUUGCAUGAUUUUUCUGAAAUUAAUCACUGGUGAUGUUGCUGAUCUUUAUGACUUUUGUGGAGGUAAAGAAUGAUGGAUGAUGUUUGCA